UUGCCGGUCAAGUCGUUGAAAGUCCCGUCAGAUUAAUAAUGAGUUCGGCAGGAAUUCUGAAGUCUAGGAAAAGACGAAGCGAAGUGAUCUUCUUUGUAGUUGGAAUUUUCCUAGUUGUCUACGGAGUAACUCAUCUCAUUCACAAAGUAGCCGCCUCAUUAUCCAGUCGGGGAAACAGUCAACGAAUUCGCCGGGCCGUCGCGGAUAACUCAACCAAAUGUGUAAUAUCUCCAUCAUCGGAGUUCCCCGAAGGAUUUUUUACACUGGAAGAGAGAAGAGAGGGAGGCAUAAUUAUUCACUUUAUCAUCAUUCUUUACAUGCUGCUGGCUAUAGACAUAGUUUGUGAAGACUAUUUCCUACCUUCCUUGGAGACUAUCAGUGAACGUCUUGGUCUUACUCAGGAUGUUGCUGGAGCAACAUUUAUGGCAGCCGGAAGCUCUGCUCCUGAACUAGUCACAUCUUUUCUCGGUGUCUUUGUGACAAAGGGAGAUAUUGGAAUUAGUACGAUAGUUGGAUCUGCAGUUUACAAUUUGCUUGGGAUCUGUGCUGCAUGUGGGCUGUUGUCCACCAUGGUUUGCAAGUUGACUUGUUGGCCACUGCUGAGGGAUUGCAUAGCUUAUGCCAUCAGUGUUGUAGCAUUAAUUGCUAUUAUCUUCGAUAAUGUGAUACACUGGUAUGAAUGUGCUUCUCUGUUAUUGAUCUAUGCAGCUUAUGUCGUGGUCAUGUGCUUUGACAUGAAACUUAAUCAGUUCAUAACAAGAAUGUUUAGCCCGUGCUGUGCUUGCCUGGCACAAGUGAUGGAAGAAAGCAAUGAGCAAGAGGCGCUAAUGGGCUGGCAGGGAAAAGAUGGGCCGCUCAUAUAUCGGCGUUCUCGAUCGGAUAGUGGGAUCUUUCAGGACGAUUCUGGCUAUUCCCAACACUCUCUUAGUUUACAUGGGCUCUCGGAGAUUACUGAAGAUCCAUCAAAUGUGUUUGCAAUGCCUGAAUCGGAUGUGAAGAGAAUUAUCUGGGUGCUGUCUCUUCCCAUCACCACCCUACUAUUCGUAACUAUCCCAGAUUGUCGCAGGCAUCAGUGGAGAAAAUGGUUCCUGCUAACUUUCUUCAUGUGUGCUGUGUGGAUUUCUGGAUUUACAUAUAUAUUAGUUUGGAUGGUAACCAUCGUGGGAGAAACUCUGGGCAUUCCUGAAACAGUGAUGGGUCUAACAUUGCUGGCAGCAGGCACCAGCAUUCCAGACACUGUGGCUAGCGUUCUUGUUACCAGAGCAGGUAAAGGAGAUAUGGCUAUGUCGAACAUUGUGGGCUCCAAUGUAUUUGAUCUUCUCUGUUUAGGUGCACCUUGGUUUAUUAAAGCUGGAUUUGUUGAUUUAUCGCCUGUAGAAGUCAAUAGCAGUGGCAUGAUCUAUACAACAGCUUCUCUUCUCCUCUCUAUCAUAUUCGUACUUGCAGCAAUUUGUAUUAAUGGAUGGAAACUGGAUAAGAAACUUGGAGCAAGCUGUCUUUUUGCUUAUUUCAUUUUUCUCAUUAUCUCAGUUCUAAAUGGGCUAGGAAUACUAGGAAAUGUUCUUUCCAGGACAUGCAAUUAAUUGAGCGACAAUCAAGGUACACACCACCAAAACUUCAACCCACUCAUUUGGACUCAUUGGGUAUUACUUCCAGAGCCAAAACUGCUGCAAUAUCAUGGUGUAGCAGGAAAGUACCAGUUUCAAGAAUUGUUUUCCAUGCCAUGCUUAUUGCAAAUAUGAACAAAAAUGGCACUUAAUCACCAGGAAAGAGGACCAAAGUCUUUGGCUAAAGGGAGGCUUUAGAAGCAAGUGUUUAGAGGUGGGGAAUGCCUUCAUAGAGUUAUGGACAUUCUGAGGGAAUUAGUUCAUUUCAAUAUUCUUUCAAAUAUGCAUUUAUUCUAUUCAACUCAACUGCAAUGUCUUUAAACUACCACCCCUAUCUUCCACUAACCAUUCUUCCAAAUCCCAGUCCUAAAAUACUUCUCAAAUGUUUGCAUCCAAUUAUGGCUCUUGUUACGAAUGUGCCACAACUGAGGGGCCGAAGGGUACAAAGUUGCCCCCUCCUUUUUGAGAAUCGCAAGAUCGCUGGGACCCAGGAAAUGAGAGAGAGACACGCAGAAUCCACAAGGUUUGGAAUGUGUCCUGGCCUCAGCGAAACAAAACCGCUGAUAAUGGCUAUUGUCUCUUGGAGACGGAAUUGUGUAUUGAGUACUGUACUAUUCAUUGAAGCCCCUCAGGGGACGACCAGAGUGGGCUGGUUGAGGGAUUGCAUCAUCCCAACCUGACUGACAUCUGAGACCCCGUGAGCAAGGAUAAAAGAGGGUCUGGGGAACAACCCCUUCAGACGCACCAGGAGAAACACUAGAAAUCCCGUGACAGCGUUUAAUAGCGACAGCCGGUGGGGGGCUCGUGUGCGUCCUUCCCUUGCCUGGGAUUGGCAGGCUCACCAUGGAAGAACGGCUUAGCUAAAGGAGUGGCCACAAGUGAACGGCCACACCAACAAGACUCAGACGGACCAAAAUCAUAAAAGGAAUUGGCAAGUUUUUCUCCCAAAACUCACUCUCUCUUUCCAACCAUUGCAAACCCAGUGUCCCCAAAGGCUGCAGCCUGCAUGAACUGAGUGACUUUUACAUUUCCAUCGGACAAUACAUUAUCCCCUAGACAACGAUAGAGCUUAUUUCUUAUUAUUAUACCCGCACUUUUAGAUUUAGUAUUGACGACGUAUAUUAUCUGUAUAUUUGCAUUGAUAUUAUUUGUGUAUUUUUACUAAUAAAUACUGUUUAAAAAUCGUAUCAUCAGACUUCAAUGGACCUCUCCAUCUUUGCUGGUAAGUGACCCAGUUACGGGGUUCGUAACACUCUAAUUAAAGUUAUAACUUCUAACCACAAUGUACCAUCUACUUUCUUCUGUUGAAGUUGCACCCUUGCUAAACCAGACCUCCCACCUCGUUUGUCCAGAACUGCAUCUGCUUUCACUUCGAUAGUCUUACCUUUCCAGGUAAUAUUGUAAUCACUUCUUCCACCCAUUUUUGCUACAUGCUACCCUUAUUCUUAAACAUCAAUUCUCAAUCCCAAAACAGUAUUGAUUUCUCUCACUAUUGCUCUCACCUUGGAUGAGCCAAGAUCUACUACCAGGGGACUCUGAAAAGUUGGUUACUAUUACUGCUGCAAACUAAUUCCAACCCUCUGCACGCUACUUAGCCUGAGCUGCAGGUUUGUAAUAUUGAGCUUCAAACUGCAUUGGACCCCACCAUAAAUCUUUUUUAUUUCAAAGUGUAAUAAUGCUAGUCUAAACUCCUGCCUCACCCAACUGACCUCUCCAAUAAUCCUGCCACCCUCCUACAUUCCAUAAACAAUCUUUUAUUCUAACACUCACAGGCACUAUGUAAUAAUCUAUAUUGACUCUUUGCUGACAAACUUAUUCAAUCCUCAUUCUCAUUAAUCAUUCUCAUACCCAAAAUAAUCUGUUCCUCCUUCUAAUUCCUUAAGCAAUCUUCCUUUACCUGAAACCUGCACAGUGCCAAAUUUCUCCAACGCAGCAUCUCCAAUGGCAAACUGACAUUGUUCAUGUAACUAUGGGUCAGUUAGUUUCAUUUCACUUCUGUGAAAGACCUGGGAAAAGUUUUUGUAGUUAAAUGAAAGUUGUUUAAACCUUACACAGGCUGGCUUUAACCCAAAUGGAUGUACAGUAAAUUAAAUAAUAAAUCUGAGAUACAUUUGGAAUUUUCAGACAUGGUGCCUAACUUUUAGAAAACUGCCCAGUCAUGUGCAAUUCUAAAAUCACUGUCAGUGAUGGUAGUAGCUUCUAUUAUGUAUUUGUUAACCAACCACACUGUUUGGUUAAAUGUUUUUAAGUUAUUUAAAGAUUUUAACACAUUCCCAACAAAGUAAAAGCCAAUUAUAUACAAGAUGAUCAGGUUAUUUAUUUCAUAUUUAUUGUUAUUUUACAGCCUAAAUAACUUGGUUAUAUAACACAUGAAACUGCUUUUUAAAAAAAUAAAAAAAACACUUACCCAACUUUAAGAUUCGCACUCUCCAGAUUUAAGCACCAUUCAUGUCAUCAGGAGAAUAUUGUCCCUUAAAUUUUAUUAUCAGGAUAAUUGGUUUAAUAUGCUUGACACAAGAGAUUAGAAGACAGCCUAUAGCUAAAUCAGACCAGCUGCUGUGCACUAGAAGUUAACCCAAAUUUGGAAGGCUAAUGUAGGCAAGUUCGUCAAAGUAGGAUAACAAAAAUGCAGGAUUUUUAAUUAAUUAUGGAAACCGUUCUAUUGGUUCCAAUUUCCAUGAAACACUAAACUCAGUACUGUUAUCUAGAGAUAAGCUGAUAAAAUUCAAAGUGAGCAGUCUUUCCUGGAAGCAAACAAGCAAGAGAGCAAAAUUUCAUUAAGUACCUGUAUCAACUCCCAAGUUACCUUCUGAAAGUUUCUAAGUAUUUUUAGGCAUACUUAAGCACUAAACUUUUACACUGUACUUACCAUUGACAUAUAGAAGCUAUUAUUAAAAAUGUGUUAUUCCCCUCAAGUUCAAUCGGAUGCAGUGUUACAAGAUCUCUUUGCUCAUCUAGUACAGGUUAAUGCAUGCAUAAUUUACAGUCAAAUAUGUAUUUCAAUUUUAUGAGAUUGAAUAGGAAAAGAUCUUCUUGAAUUAAAAAAUUCUUAGUGGACUUAAGUACAUGAGAACUAUAUUCCUACUGAAUAAUGCUUCAAAGACGUUGCAAGGUUUUCACCAAAUUACAGCAAUGCUGUUACAAUAACAAAAAAUUUGAUGCUGCAAUGAAAUACCCAGUAUUCAGUUUGUAGAGCACCAAACCGUAAUUUCAUGGUUUUAUGGGAAUAAAAUGAAUGUGGUGUACAGAUCAGAACUAUAGCACAAAAUUCAGUUACAUUAUUGAAGAUUAAGAAUUGGUGCUUCAACAAAAUAGAAGGAAUUGUACAGAUCUGUGCAAAAGUCUUAGGCACAUAUAUGUAGCUAGGAUGCCUAAGAAAUUGCACAGUACUGUGGUAAUUUUAUGUAUUGCACUGUACUGCUGCCACCAAAAAAAACCCAACAAAUUUCAUGACAUACGUGAGUGAUGAUUUUACUGUGGGUCUUGAUUGAGGACUGAGUGUGGGAAAAGGACAGGGAGAGAGGAGGCACCAGACAGAUAUUCUGUAAUGAUCAAUAAACCAAAUGUUGGAAUUAUAUAACCUUGCUUGGUGUCACCCAUGCCACCCCCAUCUCUGCUACCUAUCUCACCCCUCCCACAGUGAUCCACCCUUGCCAUUCUCACUGCCCUACGUUGACAAAU